GCUGCUCUUUUGCUGCUCUAUUAAAGAGGUCCCGACUGGAUAAAGCUCCAUUUCAAAUCUCAUCCGCUUCUUUCUCAUCUCUCUUCGAAACCCCUAAUUCCCGUUGCGGAAUGCAAGACCCUACUCUCCUCCUCUUCUGAAAUCUAUUUCUUCUCCCUAUCUCUGUUGAAAUGGCUGCAAUUUCUUCUCUGCUAUCUCCCAAUCUCCUCCAACAGCCUUCAAGACUCCGCAACCGAACGCCCAAACCCUCACUUCCACUCCUCAAAGUAGCUUCUUCCUUCCACGGAUCCCAUGCCUUUCUCAUCUCCUCAAACCCUAGAAAACCCCUGAGAAUCUCUGCUCAGGUUCAGGAAGCCCCAGUUUCGACCCGAGACCCGUCCUCCGAGGCAGCGAGGAGACUGUACGUCGGAAACAUUCCCAGGACCGUCACCAAUGAGGAACUCACACGGAUAUUCGAAGAACAUGCCUCCGUUGAAAAGGCUGAGGUUAUGUAUGAUAAGUACUCUGGAAGGAGUCGUCGUUUUGCAUUUGUCACUAUGAAAACAGUAGAGGAUGCAAAUGCAGCUAUUGAGAAGUUGAAUGACACGGAAAUUGGGGGACGGCAAAUCAAAGUAAAUGUGACGGAAAAGCCUUUGCAGCCUGUGGAUGUGUCUCUUCUCCAGGCUGAGGAAUCGACGUUCAUUGACAGCCCUCACAAAGUUUAUGUAGGGAACCUUGCAAAGACUGUGACCUCCGAAACACUCAGCCAAUUCUUCUCUGAGAAGGGAAAGGUUCUUAGUGCGAAAGUGUCGCGAGUGCCAGGGACCUCAAAAUCCAGUGGGUUUGGGUUUGUUUCAUUUUCUUCUGAUGAGGAUGUAGAACUUGCCAUUUCAUCAUUUAACAAUUCUCUACUGGAAGGGCAACAGAUUCGUGUCAACAAGGCCUAAUGCUGCGGAUUAGGAACUUGGGAGCUUGGAGAUGCUUAUUAUGUUUUGCAACCCCCUUUUUUUUCUCCUUUUGUUGAUAAUCCGAGUUUGUGUUGACAAACAGUUGUAGAAACAUGCCUUGUUUUUCUUUCUCACGUUGGUUGUAUGCAUAAAAUUUUCUUC